AUGUCCACAGUCACCACACCAGCUAGAAGCUACAGCGCGGAGAAGGUCGAGGUCGAGGCAGUCGAGUACGCUGCGUCUCCGGAUUCGACCCAUGUUCCUCCUCCGCCUCUCACACCUGAGCAAGAGAAACGCCUGUGGCGGAAAGUAGACAAGAGAAUAUUGCCUAUCCUCACGAUCAUGUAUCUGUGCUCUUUCUUGGAUAGAGGUACAUCCGCUCAUCGGCGGUCCGAAGGCAAUGCAAAGAUACAAGGGUUGACGACGCAACUAGACCUCACCGGAAAUAAGUACAAUAUUGCUCUGACAAUGUAUUUCAUUCCAUACUGUCUCUGCGAAUGCCCAGCAAAUCUGGUGUUGAAGAAGUUCAAACCGUCUAGAUGGUUGCCGGGUAUCACACUUCUGUGGGGUGUCAUCAUGACCCUCAUGGGUCUAGUCAAGACCUAUCCGCAACUCGUCGGGACCCGUAUCUGUCUAGGUAUCACGGAAGCUGGCCUGUUCCCCGGUGUCGUUUACUACUUGACGCUGUGGUACCCCCGCCACAUGCUCCAAUACAGGGUGGGUGUGUUCUACGGCGGAGCUACGAUUGCAGGCGCAUUUUCCGGAAUUCUGGCGUACGGAAUUUCUUUCAUGUCUGGGACAGCUGGCUUGCUCGGGUGGUCCUGGAUCUUUAUACUCGAGGGUAUCGCUACCGUUGUGGUCGGAGCCAUCGCCUUCUUCGUCCUAGUGGAUUUCCCUGACACGGCGAAGUUCCUGACGCCUGAGGAGCGCGAGUACAUCAUAUGGAGGAAGAAGUAUGACAAUUCCUCCGUUGGAGAGGAAGAGCACUUCCAACUCCGGCAUAUCAAAGCGGCUUUCAUGGAUUGGCAAGUUUGGCUGCAGAUCAUGGUGUACUUUGCCGUUAUCACUCCGCUAUACGGGAUCUCACUCUUCCUUCCAUUUGGAUAUAACACCGCUGUCAGCGAAUUGCUGACCGUCCCUCCCUAUGUAUGCGCAACGAUUGUCCUCCUCAUCUUCGCAGUAUGGUCCGACCGGGUCCAGCUACGCUCGCCCUUCGUCUUCGCAGGCCUAGUGAUGUGCAUGAUAGGCUUCGCUAUCAACAUAUCCGACGUCCCCGUAGGCGUCAAGUACUUCGGCACUUUCUUCUGUGUGUCGGGUUCAUACGCUGCGUUCCCGGGUAUCAUUGCCUGGUUGGGGAACAACCUUGCUGGUCAAUAUAAACGCGGCGUCGGAAUGGCGCUGCACAUCGGUAUCGGGAACUUUGGCGGAGCUAUUGCGAGCAACAUUUACCUCUCAGAAGAUGCACCGCGAUAUGUUCUUGGCCAUGCGCUGGAGCUGAUGUUCGUCGGCAUCGGCUUCAUCUUCCUGCCAAUUACCGUACUUGCAUACAAACGCGCUAACGCGAUCCGGGAACGGCAGCAACGAGAAAUGGAAGAGAAGGGCAUCAAGUUCAGUCCGGAAGAGCUCCGGAGGCUGGGAGACCGCGCGCCCGACUUCCGCUACACGCUGUAG